UUUCGGUCUGGCCUCAGCAUGGCUGCCCUGCUUGUGAGAAGCGCGGUGGCUUCGCUCAUGGAUCCACUUCUGCACCUGAGUCGCCUCGCAGUAAAGCCCCGGGUUUUCUCCUCGUUCCUGCUGGGGAUUCUUCCAAGCGCCAGACUCUGCGCAGAGGUGCGCUUGCUUCUCUGGGCCCGCCCCCUGCCGCACCUGCAGCCCUCUCUGGGCUUCAAGACCAAGGGUGUCCUCAAGAAGCGCUGCCGGGACUGCUACAUGGUGAAGAGGCGCGGGCGCUGGUUCGUCCUCUGUAUGACCAACCCCAGGCAUAAGCAGAGGCAGAUGUAA